AUGUUAGGGAAAUUACUGUCGCUAACGUGUACAUGGUCACUGAUUGCUGCAGCACAGGAUGUGAAAUGGUACUCUAAAAAGCUCGCUGAGGAGGUAUAUCGUGAAGUGAACGACCGUUUCACUGAUGCUCACCCGUGGCAUAGGGUCAUCCAGGUUGAUGAAUGGUCUUACAGGCAUUGGAUUUUACCCAGGAACCCUCACUUCGAUUCGGUUGUGUUACUUAUUGAUUCGUCGAAGGCUGUUCAAAGAGAGAUUCUAGAUGUCGUUAGGUUGGUGGCCCACCGCUUUGACAACGCCUCAACGGAUAAGGGAUUCGAGGGUGAAGCGAAUAGCGAUACACCAACUUAUUUCUUCUACGCAGAUGUCAGUACACCGGGAUGUGAUUGGAUUGUAUCACUCCACCAGCUGAAACAUAUCCCAGAACUGUUAUUCUUUCGAGCUGGGGAAAUCGGCCAGACAAAUGGCAUGCAUGGAGUGACCAGUUUCAAUGAGUGGAUAUCUAAAAACGCAGUUACACAAUGGAAGUUUACCGAAACGGAGUUCUUCAAACUACUGUAUAGUUUCUGUGAGGUGAAUGCCAAAUCACCCUGCCAUAUCCACGUUGAAACCAGCAACAGGCGACAUCUGGUGCGUGAUCUGAUUUCAUUAAUAAAAUCUAGAUUAUGGCUCAUACCCAUCAUCUUAGUUGUUAUACCAGUGUUUAUUUACACCAUGUUGUAUCGACACUGCUGGUUGUUAAGAUUGGGCGCCGUGUCACUUUACGCCUUGAACGUUACUUGCCUAAUAUCAGCCAUCGCAAACUAUACGCCACUCACCAUCAUUCCGUCUGAAGGAUUUUGGUUGUAUACGUCAGGUUUACUGCAGAGGUUUUACGUCGAGUUGAGCAAGUGGCACUACGUGAACGAGAACGUGAUAGUAUCGCUGAUGUUUUGUAUAUUGUCAGCUACACUGCUUGCACUUCGUCAAUGUGCUUUCUGGGAUUGCGGAAUGUUCCCUGUGCUGUUUAUUUCGUUGGGAUUUAUCGUAACUGGGUGGUAUACCAUUUCGUUGUUGCGUCAGAAGGGGGUGUCAUUCUGCGUUGAUUGGCUGGCUGAAUUAUCGAUUCCUCGAGGUUCGAUUGACGUGGAUCGCAACUUUCUUUUCUAA